GCUGAGUUGCGCUAUAAUCACCACGAAUUGCAGGUAGCGUUAAACGAAGCAGCACAAUGGCGCGAGUGGAUCUGGACGGUAACCCCAUCAAGCCUAUCACGAUCUGCAUGAUCGGUGCCGGUGGGUUCAUCGGCUCGCACCUCUGCGAGAAACUCAUGCACGAAACCCCUCACACGGUUUUCGCCUUGGACGUUUACAAUGACAAGAUCAAGCACCUUCUCGAACCCGAUUCUCUGCCUUGGGCCGGUCGCAUCACCUUCCACCGCCUCAACAUCAAACACGAUUCUCGCCUCGAAGGUCUCAUCAAGAUGGCAGAUCUCACCAUUAACCUCGCUGCGAUUUGCACCCCCGCGGAUUACAACACGCGCCCGCUCGACACCAUAUACAGCAAUUUCAUCGACGCGCUCCCCGUGGUGAAAUACUGUUCGGAGAAUAACAAGCGCCUUAUCCACUUCUCCACUUGCGAAGUGUACGGGAAAACGAUUGGAGCCUUUCUCCCCAAGGAUAGUCCUCUUCGUAAGGAUCCGGCGUACUAUGUUCUUAAAGAAGAUGAAUCUCCUUGUAUUUUUGGUUCUAUUGAAAAGCAGAGGUGGUCUUACGCCUGUGCUAAACAGUUGAUUGAGAGGCUGAUUUAUGGUGAGGGUGCUGAAAAUGGCUUGGAAUUCACCAUUGUUAGGCCUUUUAAUUGGAUUGGACCUAGAAUGGAUUUCAUUCCUGGCAUCGAUGGUCCAAGUGAGGGUGUUCCUCGGGUUCUUGCUUGCUUCAGCAAUAAUCUUCUCAGAGGAGAGCCCCUCAAGCUUGUAGACGGUGGACAGUCUCAAAGAACCUUUGUCUACAUUAAAGAUGCUAUUGAAGCUGUCUUGUUGAUGAUUGAAAAUCCUGCCAGAGCUAAUGGCCAUAUAUUUAAUGUGGGUAACCCAAACAACGAGGUUACUGUUAGGCAGCUUGCUGAAAUAAUGAUUCAGGUUUACUCAAAGGUGAGCGGAGAAAAAACUCCUGCAACACCAACCAUUGAUGUGAGCUCCAAAGAGUUUUAUGGUGAGGGAUAUGAUGACAGUGACAAGAGAAUUCCUGACAUGACCAUAAUAAACAAGCAGCUUGGUUGGAAUCCUAAGACUUCGCUUUUCGACCUGCUGGAAUCCACUCUGACCUAUCAGCACAAGACAUAUGCUGAAGCCAUCAAGAAAGUAAUUGCAAAACCCGUUGCAAGUUAAGCUUUUACAGGGAUGGUGAUUUUGCUAUCUUGGAGAAGGGUGUGGUUGCCUAAGUUUUCUGCCAUAUUUCACUGGUUGAUUUUAUAUAAAUGGUAAAUUUUCUUCCUUUCGGUUUCGUUAGCCAGUAGGCAAUAGCUCACAUAAGUCAUUGCCUUAAUGUAUGUUCUGGAGAAGUAGGAAUUUAUAUAUAGGGCAAUCUGUGCUGCUAUGUAAUUUUAAUGUAGACUUUGCGUUACUAAACAUGUUGAGCCAUUUUAUAAUAUUAGAGAAGAUGUUUUUUUUAAGUGUUUUUAGGGAUCUCUCCAACAUUGUUUUGUUGUCCUUCCGGGUCAGCUGUAAGUUGUAUCAUUCUGUAUUGACCCUCUUAAGAGUCAUGUCUUCUUAAUAUUAAUUUAUUCUAUGGUUAUUUUUUGUUA